GAGAGUUCCAGUGAUAGAGGGGAUGGCAUUUUCGGCGAAAAGAAGGAUGACAGCCGGGCAGCCCAGGAUGGCUCCGACCCAGACAAAUCGCCCUGGCCAGUUUCAUCCGCCCUCACAGCUCGUCUCAGACGUCUGGUCACUGUUUACCAGCGCUGCAACCGCAAGGAACUGUGCCGGCCUGAAAUUCUGGGACCAGGUAGCCAAGGAUACUGGGUUCAGGAAGAGAUGUUCAGGAGAACCUCAGAAAUGGACCUCAUCAACAAGGAAGCCCAAAAGAGGUGGACUAGGAGAGAACAAGCAGACUUCUAUAGAACAGUGUCUUCCUUUGGUGUUGUUUACGAUCAAGAAAAGAAAACUUUUGACUGGACACAGUUCCGCAUCAUUUCCCGUUUGGACAAGAAGUCGGAUGAGAGCCUGGAACAGUAUUUUUAUAGUUUUGUGGCCAUGUGCCGGAAUGUCUGUCGUCUACCCACAUGGAAAGAUGGCGGUCCCCCAGAUACCACCAUCUACGUUGAACCCAUCACUGAGGAACGUGCUGCAAGAACUCUGUACCGCAUUGAACUGUUACGCAAAGUUCGAGAGCAAGUGCUUAAGUGCCCUCAGCUGCAUGAACGCCUCCAGCUGUGCAGGCCCAGCCUCUACCUCCCAGUCUGGUGGGAGUGUGGGAAGCAUGAUCGAGACCUGCUCAUCGGCACUGCCAAACAUGGGCUGAACCGCACUGACUGUUACAUCAUGAACGACCCCCAGCUGUCCUUCCUGGAUGCCUAUAGAAACUAUGCCCAGCAUAAAAGAUCUGACACCCAGGCACCAGGAAAUCUCUGUUGUCUUUACCAGACCAACUCCAAAUUGUAUGAAUCUCUUACAUAUACUCAAAUGAGUAGGACUUCAGAGUCCCUUGAAAAUGAACCUGAGAAUCUAGUGAAAGUAGAAAGCAGAGAUGAUCAUCUCAGCCUGCCUGAUGUGACUUGUGAAAACUUUAUUUCUAAAGUUCAGGAUGUCAUUUCCAUCAACCAUGAUGAAAGCCUGCUGCCUGAGUCCUUAGAGAGCAUGAUGUAUGGUAAGAAGGUGCUCAGCCAAGAACCAGGCUCUUUUCGGGAGAGCCCAAGUACCAAUACAGAAUGUAGAAAAGAUGUUAUUACCAUCUCAAUAAGCAAAGAUGGGAACUGCCAGCCUGGUGGCCAUGAGGCAGAAAUAGCUUCCGGCCCCACUUUUAUGGGUAGCUUAGAAGCAGGAGGAGUAGCUCAAGCAAACAUCAAAAAUGGAAAACAUUUGUUGAUGUCUAUUUCAAAGGAAGAGGAGCUCUGCUUCAGUGAGGCAGGACAGAGACCCGAAAGCAUCAGCCAGCUGGAAGCCAAGUGUUUAUCUUCCCCUUCCUUGAAUCCAGGAAAUGAAAGUGGGUUUGUAGAUAUGUGCAGUCUUAGUGUCUGUGACUCCAAAAGAAACCUGUCAUCAGAUCAGCAAUUAAUUGAUUUAUUGGAAAACAAAAGCUUAGAAAGUAAAUUGAUUUUGAGUCAGAACCACAGUGAUGAAGAGGAAGAGGAAGAAAACGAGGAGGAAAACUUAGCCAUGGCAGUAGGCAUGGAGGAAAGGCCAGAGGUAUUGCAUCUCACAGAGCCCACUAUUGACAUCUUAAGGGAAAAGAACCAAGGCUUCCAUGCAGAUGAAACCAAGAAAGGAAGCUUAGAGGUCGCAAACCAGACUCCUGGACUACAGAGGGUUUUCCCGCCUCCAGCAGCCUGUCAAUGCCACUGCAAACACAUGGAGAGGUGGAUGCAUGGCCUUGAGAAUGAUGAAUUUGAAAUCGAGAAACCCAAGGCUUAUAUCCCAGAUCUGUUCAAAAGCAAAACCAAUACUAUCGCCAUGGAGGGUGAAGCCACUGCUGUUCCAUCAGAGCCGUUUAAAGUGAAGCAUGAGCUUUUAAAAGAACCUUGGAAAGAAAGUGCAGAGGGGCAAAAAGUUUUCCCCACAUAUCCUCUCGAAGGAAGUGAACUCAAAUCAGAAGACAUGGAUUUUGAGAAUAAAGAUGAGUAUGAUAGAGAUGGAAACUGCCAUAGUCAAGAUUAUCCAGGGAAGUACUCUGAGGAGGAGAGCAAGAGCUCAACAUCGGGCAUCGCAGGAGACAUUGGGGAUGAGCUACAGGAGGCUCGAGCUCCCACUAUUGCUCAGCUGCUACAGGAGAAAACUCUCUAUUCCUUCUCUGAUUGGCCAAAGGACCGCGUGAUAAUUAACCGCCUAGAUAAUAUCUGCCAUGUGGUGUUAAAGGGGAAGUGGCCCUCCAGCCAGCAGUAUGAGCCCUCAGGCACACUGCCCGCCCCGGUGUUAACCAGCGGUGCUAGUUCUCGAACCAGCCUCUCAGAGCCGGAAGCAGCAGAACACAGCUUCAGCAGCGGCGCAGCAUUGGCGGCCCAGAUUCAGAAGGAGAGCUUCUUAGCUCCAGUAUUCACAAAGGAUGAACAAAAGCACAGGCGUCCCUAUGAGUUUGAGGUGGAGAGGGAUGCAAAGGCUCGGGGCCUGGAGCAGUUCUCUGCCACCCACGGGCACACCCCUAUCAUCCUCAAUGGCUGGCAUGGGGAGUCAGCUAUGGACCUCUCCUGCUCAUCAGAGGGGUCCCCAGGAGCCACAUCCCCUUUCCCAGUGAGCACCAGCACCCCUAAGAUUGGGGCUAUCAGUUCACUUCAGGGAGCCCUUGGCAUGGACUUGUCUGGGAUUCUGCAAGCUGGCCUGAUCCAUCCUGUGACCGGACAGAUUGUCAAUGGAAACCUCAGAAGAGAUGAUGCGGCCACGAGGAGGCGGAGAGGGAGGCGGAAACAUGUUGAAGGAGGGAUGGACCUCAUCUUUUUGAAGGAGCAAACACUUCAGGCGGGAAUCUUGGAAGUCCAUGAAGACCCAGGGCAGGCCACCUUGAGCACCACACACCCUGAGGGGCCAGGGCCUGCCACCUCGGCUCCCGAGCCAGCCACGGCAGCCAGCAGCCAAGCCGAGAAAGCCAUUCCCAGCAAGAGUCUGCUUGACUGGCUGAGGCAGCAGGCUGACUACUCUUUAGAAGUUCCUGGUUUUGGGGCAAAUUUUUCAGACAAACCAAAGCAGAGGAGGCCACGCUGUAAAGAACCUGGAAAAUUAGAUGUCAGCUCUCUGAGUGGGGAAGAGAGGGUUCCUGCCGUCCCCAAGGAGCCAGGACUGAGGGGGUUUCUUCCAGAAAACAAGUUCAAUCACACCCUGGGUGAGCCUGUGCUUCGAGAUACGGGCCCCCGCAGGAGGGGGAGGCGGCCUCGGAGCGAGCUCCUGAAGGCUCCUUCCAUUGUGGCAGACUCUCCCUCUGGAAUGGGGCCGCUGUUCAUGAAUGGACUGAUUGCUGGGAUGGACCUGGUAGGACUUCAAAACAUGAGAAAUAUGGCAGGCAUCCCCCUCACCGGGCUGGUGGGGUUUCCAGCUGGCUUUGCCACGAUGCCAGCGGGUGAAGAGGUCAAAAGUACCCUGAGCAUGCUGCCCAUGAUGCUGCCGGGCAUGGCUGCUGUGCCCCAGAUGUUUGGUGUUGGGGGACUCCUCAGUCCACCCAUGGCAACCACCUGCACUUCCACUGCUCCGGCGUCUCUGUCAAGCACAACGAAAAGUGGUACGGCAGUGACUGAAAAGACUGCGGGAGACAAACCGAGUAGCCAUGAUGUGAAAACAGACACUUUAGCUGAGGACAAGCCUGGUCCAGGUCCAUUUUCUGAUCAGUCUGAACCUGCAAUAACUACUAGUAGUCCUGUGGCUUUUAACCCAUUUCUCAUCCCCGGAGUAUCUCCUGGACUCAUUUACCCAUCCAUGUUCCUCUCCCCUGGUAUGGGCAUGGCUCUGCCAGCCAUGCAGCAGGCCAGACACUCGGAAAUAGUAGGCCUGGAGAGCCAAAAGAGGAAGAAGAAGAAGACAAAGGGGGACAACCCCAACUCCCACCCAGAGCCUGCUCCCAGCUGCGAAAGGGAGCCCAGCAGUGAUGAGAACUGUGCCGAACCCAGUGCCCUUUUGCCUGCAGAGAGAGAACAUGUGGCACAGGCUGGGGAGGGGGCACUCAAAGACUCCAACAACGACACCAAUUAGAACUUUUUUCAUUUAAGAAAUUAUUGUGACUUGUAAGUUUCUUAUCCCAUAAAGGUUUGUUACUUCCCUCACUUCACCUCCAUAAGAACCUGUGUUUCCAUAAGUAAGAUGACCUACCUGAUUUCCUGUCUGAGAACUAUGGUAACAGAUGUUAAUAGUUGCAGGGUCUCACCACUUCAUUAGAUAAGUGUUGUCUACCUAGUCCAGGAGGCACAGAAUUCACAUUCUGUUCAUCCCGUUCAUUCCAGCAAUCGUAGCUAAUACAGUACUUGGUGACGCGCCCACCCCCUUCUCUUCCAAGUUUCCCACUCACUCGAGGAGGAAAAAUGGCAAAAGAAAGCUGUCUAGGGAUUUACCAUUGAAGGGCUGAAGAACAGAGACAAAGAGGAGCUCUUUUUCUAUGAGCUGGGUUGCACAGGAGGAAUGUCACAGGGAACCAAAAAGCACAGAAAAAGGAAGUGCUGGUGCAUAUUUUUGAGUUAAAAUAAUUCCCUAUUUUAUCAUGAUUCCUAAGUGAGUAGUAUAGACAGAAGCAUAUAACUAAUGGUUGAAAAUACAUAUAUUCAUUUCUUUAUAAAAAACAAAAACCUUACUGGUAGUAAUAUAAUUUCCCCCUUCAUGGUUUUUCAGACACCUGCAGCAAGAAGAAAUACUGACUGACUAGGCAUUAUUUUCUAUACGUCCCUCUCCCCAGUGAAAAGAUGCCUCUCGCUGCAAGAAAGCUUUACCCACCAUGAGUUAUUGCUGGUGACGGGGGUGGGGCCAGGACCUGCGCUCCGUGGAGCCACAUACUGCUUCACACACAGACAGCUGGCACUCUGCUCCGACCUGGUUUGCUUACAGAUUUCUCUAGCCAUUAAUUUGCCUCUCUGUGUUUAAAGAGCACCAAGACCGAAUGGAUUUUCACUUCAGGCUUUCCUUCACCAAUAAGGCUCUUUCUGGAGCCUGCAAGAAGACAGUUGCCCAACACUUUGACACUUGCUAGUAGGUCCUUUGAUCAGGAAUGUCUGAGGCUGUCAGAUAUGUGCCAUCCUUUAUAAUACAGCUGUGAAAAGUUACUUCUCCAUUAAUUUCUCCAUUCUGUUUAUAUCUUACAGUUGGACCCAAAUCCCAAAUUAUCAGUUAAUCGAAACUAUGUUGCAAGUCAACAUUAUUUUCUCUUCUUCCUCAGCUUCUCCUUGUUUAGGAACUGAGAAAGAACCUGCCUAAGCAGCACUUCCCCAUGUCCUUUCACCUUCGUGUUAAUGUCCCUUCCGAUGGUCUCGCUCUUCACAGGUAGUUCACACCCUAAGACUUGAAGUAAGCUCAUGGUUCAGUACUCUGGGGGCGCAGGGCUGCGCAGGACCCUUGGAAAUGUUGCAAGUGUUACUAGUACCAGUUUCACUUUUCGUUGUCACAUUUACUGUAUUUUUUACUUUUUCUGUUACAGUUUUGCUAAUUUAUCAGAAGGUCCAAAAGUUUGACAUAACUAUUUCAUUUUGCAUUAUUUAUUUAUGAUGCUUUUGUCAUUGUCUUUUAUACAUUUGGGAUUAUAAAUUAUGUAAAUGUUAAAAUGAGCAUCUCAAAGAAGUCUGUUAAAUCAUGACUGAAAAAAGUCAAUCAGAUGUAUCUUCAAAAAGUGGAGUCCCAGUUUUAUGAAUCAGAUAUAAACCAGAAAUUCUAUAACCAAUCACAGAAGAAUCCAAUAAUUGAACAAAUCCUAUUCAAUGACAUCCUUGUAGCAUAGAUGGUCUAUAAUGCUGACCACAGAUUUCUUAGAAAUGCUGCUCUCUCUAUUUAACUAACAUUUUGUUCAGUUUUGCCUCCAGUGGAAGCAGAAAGGGUUUUUUCAGCUGUUAAAUCCUAAAAAUCAAUAUAAUUUAUUUAUGUAAAAAAAAUAACUCAAUCAAUAUAUUUUUGAACCUUUUAAGUACUAAUUUUCUUUUUAUCAAGUAGAAAAAAAAAAAUGUAUUUGCCCUAAAUCCUUAAAAUACAAAUGCUAUAAAAAUUCCUGUAUCUUGAAAGCCUUACUGCAAAUGAGUAUUACAGACAUCCAGCAGAGUCUGGUUUUCUUUGUUGUCGUUGUGUUGUUGUUGUUUUGUAUGGAAAAGCUGCUUUCCCCGGGUUCCACUUAUAACCUCCAGUAGGUCACAGGGUUCAAUGUGGAUCUGACUUAAAAACCCACCAGCAUGCUCAAUCCCUUGUGAUACGUUAUCGAAUCUGUAUGUUAACUCUCUGGGUGUUUAGGCUUCUAUUUGACUGCUGUUGUGACCCUGUUUGCAAAAUGAAAAUGACACUCUGUGGAUUAUUUGCUCUGUAA